AUGUUACAAGGCUGUCUGAGUCCUAGCUCUAGAAGAGAUGAGAAACUCUUGAGUGCGAAACGCUCACCGUUUUUGGCACGUGGGCUCCAGGUUGACGGCUGCUCUCGCGUCCACGGCUGCGGAUUGGGGAAGCCUGGAGUCCCGUCGUCGGAAUCCCGGUCGCGAGAAACUUGUCACUGUCUAGCAAACACCCUCUAUCCGGCUCUCGUGUGUCACGCACUGGACCACGUGGUUGCGUUCACGUGUCGGGGGACAAAAGUGGCGCGAGCCGCGCGCGCGCCACCGCGGCUUUCGUUGGACUGCGUGCGUUCUCUCCGUCGUGGCGGUCCUCGCGCUGAUCCCGCUGCCACCACCACCACCACCUCCACCGCUACCGUCGUCUCCUCCACCGCUAUUUCGCCAUCCUCGUCGCUCGCCGAUCCUUCCCGCCUCGGAUCUGCAUCGGCUCGUCUUCGUCCCGCGAGCUUGCGGCGUUUCGGCAACCGCCCCGAGCUUGCGACGAUUCUCUCCACUCGGACUGCAUCGCACUCCCCGCCAGCUCCAACCCCUCAUCGCGCACUGCAACCAUUUGUAAGGAGACAUAACGAUGUCCCAUAUUUCGUCUUCGUAAAAUUACAAUUGGUACCUCGUCUGUACGAUUGGCCAUCGGCUAUCGAGAAUAAUGGAGCAGUUGGCGAGAGCCGAUAUAAGGAGGGGAACAUCGAGCCAGGUCUCGGGCCUCGGUCUCUGUCGUAUUCGAGAUGCCCCGGGGCCAAAACGGCCACGGCCGACAACAUCGUUCCAGAAUGCCCCGGGCACUUCCAAACCCACCGGACGAUGUUGCUCGCAUACGUAAACGCCAACUUCGUCAGGGACAAAGUGACGCUCGUAUAUAUGUUGAUCCGGCCAACGUGGGGAAGAGAAGAAAGACAGAGGAACGGUGGAAGGGACGGGAACGAGGGAAAACGCGACGAGGGAAGAGCGACUUUGCCAUUUCGAGACUCAUUUUAACGUUCGUCUGAAUCGCACGUUCGCGGCUCGUUUCUGCGCCACUCGCUUUAGGCGAUUUAUGCCCGCCAGGCAAUUACGGGACGUCCCAAAUCUCCUCGAUUUCUCGCUUUUGGGAAAUGCAUGCGCAUCGACGGCGUGUCUGAGCAUUCAUGUAUGCAUCCUGCACAAUCGUGUGACUGUAUUGUAACUAUUGUACAGGUUGUACGUGAA